AUGAACCGGUCUGAGACGUUCCGUACCAUUGAUGCUGCUGCUGCUGCUGCUGUGCUGCCUGCUGCUGCUGCUGGUGCUGCUGCUGCUGCUGCUGCUGCUGGUGCUGCUGCUGCUGGUGCUGCUGCUGCUGCUGGUGCUGCUGCUGCUGGUGCUGCUGCUGCUGCUGGUGCUGCUGCUGCUGCUGCUGCUGGUGCUGCUGCUGCUGGUGCUGCUGCUGCUGCUGGUGCUGCUGCUGCUGCUGGUGCUGCUGCUGCUGCUGGUGCUGCUGCUGCUGCUGGUGCUGCUGCUGCUGCUGGUGCUGCUGCUGCUGCUGGUGCUGCUGCUGCUGCUGGUGCUGCUGCUGCUGCUGGUGCUGCUGCUGCUGCUGGUGCUGCUGCUGCUGCUGGUGCUGCUGCUGCUGCUGGUGCUGCUGCUGCUGCUGGUGCUGCUGCUGCUGCUGGUGCUGCUGCUGCUGCUGGUGCUGCUGCUGCUGCUGGUGCUGCUGCUGCUGCUGGUGCUGCUGCUGCUGCUGGUGCUGCUGCUGCUGCUGGUGCUGCUGCUGCUGCUGGUGCUGCUGCUGCUGCUGCCGGCGAAUCCGCUGCAGCCGCAGCUGUAGCCGCGCCAGACGCGGCAGCAGCGCCAGACGCGGCAGCAGCGCCAGACGCGGCAGCAGCGCCAGACGCAGCGCCGCAGGCCGGGAUGACGGACACCGGGGGGUGGUUGUGCGGGGACCCCGCGAGGUGCACGACGGCCGUGGACGCGUGGACAAUCCCCGUGGACGCGUCGUAG